CCACACCCCAACCUCACGACAACAAGCAGCCACACAGCAACACCACUCCAUCCCAUCCCUUGUUUGCUGGAACCUUUUCAAUCCAGUACUAUCCCAGUACCAAUAGUAGACCAUGUCAAGUGCACAACCAUCCCAAUCCAUCCGGAGUGCCUAUCGAACACUGGCUCGAUUGAUUCAACAACAACCCAACCGCCAGGCACAACAACAAUCCGAAUUGCGACAAGCCUUUCGUCGGCCUCUAAGCGAACGCGAAACCGUCACGGACCGCUUGCAAAAAGCGCACGACCGCAUUUCGUUUUUGCGCAUUACCACACCCAAGAGUGUUCGUCGUCGUCAAGGAGAAGACGCCGGUGUUUUUGUCGUCAAGGAUGGAAAGUUGGUGUCCGCCACAACAAGCGAUGCCAAUGGUGCUGGAAGAGUCGUGUCCAAUUGGGAUGGCAAAAAUCUAGAUCCCUGCAUGGUCAAGAGACACAAUGUCGGACUACGAAGAGCCGGAUUUGUCAACAAUCAGCAUGCCAAAGGAAUAUUUUGAUCACGAUAUUACAAUAUACCAUACUACAACACUUGGAGGAAUUAAAUCAAAAAAGAGUUUGGAAGAAUGAAACGAAAUGGAAUGAUCAAACGUUGACUUGGUGUGGGUGGAAGGCAUAACCAUUCGCCCUGAUUCUGACAGCAUCGAUUCAAUUCACCGGAUUUGGCGUUGCUUGAAGAUUUGGGAUACACAGUACCGGUACAAGCUAAAUUUGAGUGAAUAACUGACCGACUUGGCUAGGACAUGAUGUCUCAAAGACCACACGGGCAACCUACUCCGUACGAUAAAGGGGAGAGGA